AUGUCUUCUACUAGUCGACAAACCAGAUCCUCCAGGAGUGCAAGUCGCUCCGCAAAUGAGGAUAGGGUCAAUGGGAAGACGUUGGGAUUAUUCUUCGGACGUGAUAAUGCAUUCCCUGAACGAAAAUGUUUUGCUUCUGUCAACUCUCGCGAAAACAACAAUCGUUUCAUUGAAGUUCAGCGGGCCUUCAAAUUCGAUUAUAAUGCCAACUUCUAUCAGGCGAAGGUGAUCGUCGGAAAGCACAAAUAUUAUGUUGCGGGAACCUACAACCAGCGCUCGGUCGAAACGAAUACGUCUCUGGAAGCUUACGGCUACAACAAAGAGUUCGCAGGAGACGUAGCCAUCUUCUUCCAUUCAAAGUACGAACCAGAGAGGUUCCUCGAGGCCCUUCCACGCUACACCAAUGCGAACGAAAGAGAGAUCGCGAUUCGUCGUGUUAUUACUGCUCCUCACGCAACGACGUUGCCCAACUUUUAUGUUCCCCGCUGGAUUGAUUCAUCAAUACCUUUCUUGGGAUUUGCUCCGAGCAGUAAUCCGUUCAAAUUCCAUUUCCUCAAAUGUCUUGACUACGCUCUCGAUAGCUUGCCUAUCGUCAAGGACAACGAUGGUCACUACGUUCUUAGAUCGUCAGAACAAGCGAACUGGGAUUCUUUGGAGAGAAAUAUGCGUGCGUUCCUUCGUGCAUGUAUGAGGGUAAACUCGUUGGCAGUCCCUGAAGAUUUUCGACUUUGGCCUUAUCCAAACAACUAUGGGUAUCGUUUACGGUGGAAGAUGGAGAUGGAUGCGCGCUAUGCAGCCAUGCGAUCUCGCCAAGCAUUUAUCCUUUAA